AUUCAGAAACAAUUAACUCUAUUAAUUCAGUACUGAUCCUGAUAAAUGUGUAUUUAUUUAGAUGAAGACUGACAAACACACCGACAGUUUGAGCAAAAUGUACCUUUUAUUCCCUUUUCCCCUUCUAUAUAUUCUAGUGCUCCAAGCAGAGGACAUGCUGUAUCUGCCAGUUCCACUCUCCUCCUCCCACUGAAUCAUUCAUCUUUUGAAAUAUUUAUCUCCUCUAUGCUGCUCUCCUCUCAAGGCAAAAAGAUCACACUUGACUCUUGCCUCCCUCACCAUCCAAUCUCUCUCUCUCUCUCUCAGGCAAUGCCAGCUCUGGUGUGCUUCAACAGGCCAUUGGCCCUGGUGCUUGUGCUCAUUGCUGCACUGUGCCGUCUGGGUUCUUGCAAUGGAGGUGCAGAUAGGAUCAGGAGGCUCCCUGGGCAGCCGGAUGUGAGCUUUGGGCAGUACUCGGGAUACAUUGGGGUGGAUGACAAGGGCAAGAGGGCUCUCUUCUACUACUUCGUGGAGGCAGAGGUUGAUCCUGCCACAAAGCCCCUUGUUCUUUGGCUCAAUGGAGGGCCUGGCUGUUCUUCCCUUGGUGUAGGGGCCUUCUCAGAGAAUGGCCCCUUCAGGCCUAGUGGGCAGGUGCUGGUGAAGAAUGAGUACAGCUGGAACAAAGAGGCCAAUGUGAUAUACCUGGAGACACCGGCUGGUGUUGGGUACUCCUACUCUGCUGAUGCUGCAUAUUACCAGGGUGUGGAUGACAAGAUGACAGCAAUGGACAAUAUGGUGUUCCUGCAAAGGUGGCUCGAAAAGUUCCCACAGUACAAGGGCAGAGAGCUCUACAUUGCCGGAGAAAGCUAUGCGGGGCAUUACAUCCCACAGCUCGCCGAGGUCAUGGUCGAGUUCAACCAGAAGGACAAGAUCUUCAACCUCAAAGGCAUCGCUCUGGGCAACCCCGUGCUGGAGUUCACGACGGACUUCAACUCCCGCGCCGAGUACUUCUGGUCGCACGGCCUCAUCUCCGACGCCACCUACCGCGUCUUCACCUCCGUCUGCAACUACUCCCGCUACGUCUCCGAGUACUACGGCGGCUCGCUGUCGCCGCUCUGCGCGCGCGUCAUGAACCAGGUCACCCGCGAGACCAGCCGCUUCGUCGACAAGUACGACGUCACCCUCGACGUCUGCCUCUCCUCCGUCCUCUCCCAGUCCAACAUCCUCACGCCUCACCAGCAGGUCGGGAAGAGCAUCGACGUCUGCGUGGAGGACGAGACGGUGAGGUACCUGAACCGCCGGGACGUGCAGGCGGCGCUGCACGCGAGGCUCGUCGGCGUCGACAAAUGGGCGGUGUGCAGCAGUGUGCUUGAAUACGAGCUACUCAACCUGCAGAUCCCGACCAUCAACAUUGUCGGAUCGCUCGUCAAGUCCGGCAUCCGGGUGCUAGUUUACAGUGGCGAUCAAGACUCGGUGAUCCCUCUAACGGGGAGCAGGACGCUGGUGCAGAACUUGGCGCAUGAUAUGGGCCUCAAGACGACGGCACCGUACCGGGUUUGGUUCGAGGGGCAGCAGGUUGGAGGGUGGACUCAGGUGUAUGGCGGUGGCGCGCUGUCCUUCGCCACGAUCAGAGGGGCGUCCCACGAGGCGCCGUUCUCGCAGCCCGGGCGGUCUCUCGUGCUCUUCAGGGCAUUCCUGCAAGGCCAGCCUCUGCCGGAAACCUUCUCAUGAUGAAUGAGAUGUUCCGUUUGCGAUGCGAUGCAAGGGGUUUUGUACUGUAACUGUAAGAAUGUGUUUGAUGUAUUCACCUCCUGCUGAUAGCGGUUUGAAGCUGCGAUAAGCGCGGUGUUCUAAAGGUUUUGGUCCCUGUUUCCUCUGUAUUCGGGGCUUUGGCAAAUGACAAUUGUCUAGAGAAGCUGAAAGAAUCGUCUCUCUGUCUCUGCGUGCGUUCUUGAGACGUAAAUCUUCUGCUACUGCUGCAACCUAGCAUAUUCUUGGACAUGUAGGGGUGAAAAACGAAAGAAAGAACUUGUACGAACUUUAUACUGGUACAUUCUGAAAUAGCUGGAAAACCUCGGCAUGAUAUA